AUGGAUCGGAUCAAAGAAGAACAGAAGUCUAUCAGAGAACAGGAAGCGAUGAUCGAAGAGCAGAGGAAAGCCGAUGAGGAAAGGGCUGCUGAAGAGAAACGUAGAGCCGAUGCCGAGAAAUUAAGAAAAGAGGCUGAGCUCAGGGAACAGGAGAUUAUUGCCGCACAGGCAGCUGAACGAGAGCGACAACAACGGGAACGUCUAGAGGCCCGACAGCGUGAGGAACGGGACUCCGAACAGACUGUCCGCCAAGUGAGCCGUCCCUGUCCUAAAUGUAGAGCAUAUAUAAUAAAGAAAAAUGAUGGCUGCAAUCAUAUGAAAUGCAUUCAAUGUAAAUAUGAAUUUUGCUGGAUAUGUAUGGGCUAUUGGCAGGAAUCCCAUCAUCUAUGUCCUAGAUAA